AUGCUUAUUCGGGUAAAGAUUAGACAUAAAUUAUUCAAGCUUCUGUCUCCAGUAGAAAGAAAGAAGUCACUUCCCGGUGUACCGUUCCAGUGGCCAAAUGGACAAGGCACUGAGAAGUUUUUUGACGGCAGAAAUGCUGCGCGGAGGUGGAGGAGUCAAUAUGGUUCAAUAUACAGCAUUUGGUCUGGCUUCAAGCGCGAAAUUGUGCUCACGAAACCAGCCCACAUCAAGGCCUUCUACAAGGAUUCACACGUUCAUAUAAAGUCGUCUGACAAUAAUGCAGGAUGGCUUUUUGCUGAACUGCUGGGCGAAUGCGUCGGAGUAGUCAGUCAGAAAAGAUGGAAAAGAGUGCGGGGACACUUUGAUAGCCAUUUCACUCGACCUGUGUCUAUUAAUCGGACCGGCCAGUUCGUUUCCGAUGCUAGGGAGUUUCUUCAGCCUUGGAAUAACUCUAAAGGUACAUUUCACAUCGACCCAGCAAAUGACUUGAAGUACUGUCCGUUUUUCAUGGUCGCCGGCAUCUUCUUCGGGCGGCUUACCCCAGACCAGCGCAAAACACUUUCCAGUCUCGGGCCUCCAAGGGAAGAACUUUUUAGGGAGACCUUUAUGGGUGGUAUCAACCGAUUCAGAAUCACAAAGUAUUUUCCUCGCUCUGCGAUAUCACGUCUUCGUGCCUUCCAGAAAGCAUGGGAAGACUUCGUGCGAGAUGCCGCCGAGCGCGCAUCGUCGCACGACAACGGAGCAAUCGUCUCGCUCUGGGAAGCAGUUCAAAAUAACAAACUUUCCAUGCGUGAGCUACUCCAAACGCUCGACGAGUCCAUGUUUGCGAACCUCGAUGUCACCACUCAUGCGGUUGCAUGGAAUAUUCUGAGACUCUCUCAACACACAGAUAUCCAGCAGAAGGUGUAUUUGGAGAUGCAGCCAUAUGUAACGGAUCUGAAGUCAUACGAAGAGUAUCUUCGUAAUGAUGAUAGUUUAUUGGCCGCAUGCGUGCUGGAAGCGUCUCGACUCCAUCCAAUUCUACCCUUCUCGAACCCGGAGUCCGCAGAGGACAAUAAGAUGAUCGAUGGCUACAUCAUUCCUCGGAAGACCGAUGUCAUCGUCGACGCUUAUGCAAUAAAUGUGGAAAAUUCAUACUGGGAGAAUGCCCAGGAGUACGAUCCAUGGCGACACCUUGGACAAAAGGACCAGGCACGACGACAUAAUAUGUGGCGGUUUGGUUUCGGUCCUCGACAAUGUCUGGGAAAGCAUGUUGCCGAUAUCAUCAUUCGUGUUAUCCUAGCCGAGCUGUUGACAAACUAUGAGUUGGCACUGGUGCAGGGAGAAGGGACAGAUUUUGUCAAACUUCAAGCUGACAGUUGGAUUGGCUUGCCUAAUAGUAAGGUUCAGCUUGCUCCCCGAGCUAAGUAA